ACACCCCGCUCUCCCAGGUGCCUUUGCGGACGCGAGUCACGUGGCGGGGGUGGAGCGGAAGGUGCUGUGCUUAACUAGCGCCCCCCUCCUCCAUGUUUUCUGACCGAUUCUAGUUUGGUUUUCCCCCAAAACCAAAUGGAAAUGGCCGGGUAGCUCCAAGGAACCUAGGGGCCCUGGCUUCCGCUGGGCCUGGACUGACGCGCAAGCGCGACGGGAAUAUCCUAGCAGGUCUUCGCGGAGAGAGAGGCGAUGGCGUCUAGCAGUAACUGGCUGUCCGGAGUGAAUGUUGUGCUUGUGAUGGCAUACGGGAGCCUGGUAUUUGUACUGCUGUUUAUUUUUGUGAAGAGACAAAUCAUGCGCUUUGCAAUGAAAUCUAGAAGGGGACCUCAUGUCCCCGUGGGACACAAUGCUCCCAAGGACUUAAAAGAGGAGAUCGAUAUUCGACUAUCCAGGGUUCAGGAUAUCAAAUAUGAACCCCAGCUCCUUGCAGAUGAUGAUACAAGACUACUGCAGCUUGAAACCCAGGGGAAUCAAACAAGUUGCUACAACUAUCUGUACAGGAUGAAAGCUCUAGAUGCCAUCCGUGCCUCUGAGAUCCCAUUUCAUGCUGAAGGCCGGCACCCCUGUUCUUUAAUGGGUAAGAAUUUCCGCUCCUAUUUGCUAGAUCUACGAAACACUAGUACUCCUUUCAAGGGUGUACGCAAGGCCCUAAUUGAUACCCUCCUCGAUGGAUAUGAGACAGCCCGCUAUGGGACUGGGGUCUUUGGCCAGAGUGAGUACUUGCGGUAUCAGGAAGCCUUGAGUGAGCUGGCCACUGUGGUCAAAGCACGAAUUGGGAGCUCUCAGAGACAGCACCAAUCAGCAGCCAAAGACCUAACUCAGUCACCUGAAAUGUCGCCAACAACCAUCCAGGUCACAUACCUCCCUUCCAGUCAGAAGAGCAAACGCCCUAAGCACUUCCUGGAGCUGAAGAGCUUUAAGGACAACUAUAACACAUUGGAGAGUACUCUGUGAUGGAACUGCAGGUGCUACCUGUGCAGCCUUUGAGCUGUCUGGCUCAGCAGGCCCAGACUUUACCAGCCAAAGCUCCUGUUGAGGCCAGAGUUCUUUCAGCUGUGUCUGAAAGGUCAUUUCCCCAGCCCUUUCUUAGAGCUGUUUUCAAGUAUUGGCUAAGACAUCUUUAUCUCCCAGCAGCACUUUUUCUGAUUUGAAUUCAGAUGUCAUUAAUGUUUGUGUCAAAGCCUCCUUGAAGAUCUUCACUUGUUUUUGACUGUAAUUCAUUACCCUGUGCAAUGCUAUUUAGUCCCAAGUGUAAAUUGAGAUGUCCUCUAUGUCUACCCUGUUGCACUCAGUUGAAUAGAAAUCUCAGAUUUGAUUGAAAGAAAAGCCAGGCAGGUCCUCAUGAGGAAGAGGGAGGGAGGAAGUGUGUAGAAUGUCCUCUGGAAUUUUGGUGCUCGAUUUAAACCAGGUGUGUUAAGACAUGAACACGACUUUCUUGAAGUGGAAGGGUCUGUCCUGCCUUCAUCCAAUACUGUUGUGACAAUUAAAAAGGAAUAUUAUGGUACUUGGUAUAACCUAUGACAAGAUGGUGAGACAAUAUGAAGUGGCUUUCUCUGUCAGCAUAUUAGUCUCAGUUUACAAAGUAUUUAAUAAAAUUACAAAAAAAAUUUUUUUUUUGUUUUUUCCUUCGGAGAUAGGAUUUCUCUGUGUAACACUGACUGUCCAGGGACUAGCUUUGUAGACCAGUCUGGCCUCAAACUCACAGAAAUCCACUUGCUUCUGCUCCCAGUCCUGUGAUUAAAGGAGUAUGCCAC